CUGGGGGGGUGGGGGGUCUCGACCAGAGAGGGGUCAGAUAUGAGGCCUGUAAAGGUUUGGGGUUAAAGGUUAAAUGAAACCUCAUUACGAACAGCCCCCCCACCUGGCUCCACUUCCUGACUUUGUUCGUCAUUCGCCCCACGCAACGUCAGCGAUUAAUGCACGAACUCCGAGUUGUGAAACAACUGGAGCUCAGAAGCAGCGCCCCUUUCACUGUUCCUCAUCCUGUGCCUUCGCUUUUUUUUCUUUCCCUGACUGUCCCCCAACCCCUUUCCUCUGCCAACACCCCCCAACUCCGAGCUCCUCCUCUGCUGAAAAGACACAUUUCCUGAUGUCAUUACUAAAUCAAAACGCUGCUCAGCAAACAGAUGUUGUAUGUAUGAGGUUCAACACUCAGUUUCUGUAGCAUAAAUUUUGAGAAAACUCAAACCAGAGAUUUUAGUUUGUUUUGAAUCGCUGAAACAGCCUCUCUUGAGCUGCGUUUUUCAAAGCUCUGAGAACCUACCCAACAGACUGACCACAAUUAUAACAUAAAAACAAAGAUUCUUCAUAGUUUACCCAAAAAUAUUAUGAUUUAUACAAACGUAUUAACAUACAAAGAAGCUGCUCACUUAGAACUUGUUUCAAGUUUUAUCAAAUUAACCCAAAUAUGAAAUUGUGGCUGUGUAGCACACCCUGCCGAGUCAUGAUUACAUCCACCCCAAAACGCAAAGCCCUAAAUGUUUACUUAUGUUUCCUAUUUGGCAGAGGCAGCCCAAAAGGCAAAUAAAUCACAUGCUGUGAGCUGGCCAGGCCUUCGACUGUGAGAAACUGAGACUAAAAAGCAGAACAAGAGUUAAAGAGUAAAGGGUUUUCAGAUGUGAGUCCAGCCCCAGCAUGGGUGUGCUCCUUUUAUUUGAGAGAAUAGAGAGGACUAUCUUUGUUGACUCCACCUCUUUAAAAAAGGAAGGAAAAAGGCGAGAAAACGUGAGUUGGAGAGGGGAAGAGCUGCUGCCAAGGCGCAGGGCCGUCAGACUGAUCUUUGAAGAACAUCUGGUAACCGCUGGUGACAUCGCUUGGACAUCUGUUAACCGAAGAUAACCCUGCCGGGUUUCCUGUUAUGCCUCACUGUACACAGUCUGAGAGCUUCAUCACUUGGGCGAAACGCACUUUUAGUCAUUUUUCUCUGACAUGAAGGGAGCUGUUGGUUUUAUUGGGGUAUUCCUCUCCUUCCUCUCUGACGUCCUUGGAGAUAUUACCCGGACAGCUGCAUGCUUGGAUGAUUCUCCUCGUUGUACAUUGGUCUGCAAGAUUUGUGACAGUUACUUUGAAGACCAAAUGACUUGUCUCUCCUUCCUGUUUGAACACAACUGUCUGCCUCAAUUUAACAAAGGAAUGGAAUCACUGAACAACACAGACUGGUGUGUCUGGGAUAAAGUGAACAGUUUGUACAGCAGCCUGAGCCAGUGCACAGAGGAUAUUUCUGACUGUCUCCUGAUCCCCUGGCCCAACUCACUGGUAGAGGACAUCUUUGUGAGCAUCCACUCGAGGUUUUUUCAGGAAUGCUCCAUGGAAGAGUUCAGCGACCCGUCGCCGCAGAUCGUCUUCGCCCUGGUGAUCACUCCCAUCUGCCUGAUACCGGUGAUGGUGAGCCUGGUGGUGCUGAAAACCAAAAACGGGGAUGGUACCCCUUGAAUAAAACCACUGGCUCGAGGGCGGCCAUUCUAGGACUGCCGCCGUCGUCUGUCAGACAACCUUCCAAGGAGUCUGAGUGUUUCUGGCAAGCUUACAUCUUGCCUCACAACUCGAAAGGAUUUUGACAUUUAGACCAGUCACAAUUGAGCCAUAAGAAACAGUACCAGUUUAGAAUUAUGCUAUUUACAGAUCGACCCAUUGUCUUUUUACCGUGCAAUAGAACAUUUUAUUUACUGUAUCUAGAAAAGACUUUGACAAAGAUUUUGUUUUAAUCGCCUUAUGACUGAAUCAGUUUGCACCUGGUAUUUUUUUUUAAAACAGAGCCUUAUUUGUACUGAAAAAAAUGUAUUCAGGGUUAUUUGGGCUGAUGGAGGCUCUGCAGCUUGCAAACGUUUAGUGAAAGUGACUUUUAGACAAUACUCCUUAUACGUUCUUGCGGUGUUUUUAAAGUUACUCAUUGCAAAGUAUAAAAUCAAACCUAAAAGGGUUAUUCUGAAAUAUAAGGCUGCAGUUUGUUUCUGUAAACCAACACAAUAGUUGGCAUCUGGUUCAAAAUCUUACUAAUUUUACAUUUAAAAAACACUGAUCAUCAAUAAUAGGACAUUAUUGUGCACAUUUGUUUCGUGACUUUGCAAUGAGUAAUUUGAACUUUUUAAAUAAACCUACUUCUUCCUGAUCUGAUCCAUCUCAGUUUUGAUGUUUAAAUUUAAACAUGGAAAUGAGUCGAGCCAAAAAAAUGUGCUGAUGGAGUUGCGUGAGUGUGUGUGGGUGGUUGUGGGUCAAAGGUUACGGCACAAGGGGCACAAUGAAUGGGUGUGACAGGAGAGGUACAUCCUGGUAUUGUUCUGUUUUUACAUUUUAACGGUGACUUUCAAUUCUUUCUCUGUCUAAAUAAAAGCUGCUGAUUGAUGGUGAAUUGAUGGCGAGGUGUUCUCCAUCCUGACAAAAGACAUUUAUUUGUCUUGGUAAAGUGGUGAUUAAUGACAAGAAGAUGUGCUCCUUUGCUUGUAACACGAUAGCUCGGUUAUGUGAUGUGAAGUUUUGCAUGACGAUAAAGCCACAGCAAAGCGCUUGGAAGAGAUAUGUAUAUUUAUAUAAUUUGUUGUAUAGCUCUGUUAUUUUCAAGAACUAAUGGACUUUACUGUGUGAAGGGAUAAAUCCUGUCUGUUCUCACACCAUGCUUUGCGCACAUGUUGAUCUAUUUUUGAAACUAUUAAACCUACAUUGUAGACUUUA